AUAUCCAUGCUGUUGUUCUCAUAUGAAGUUGUCAAAAGUGGAGUUUGUGGCGGGGCUUUUUGAUAGUGAAAGUGAAUAGAUACUCCCCUGUAUAUAGCCAUCCAAGACUCCAUCUCAAUCUAUCACAUUAGUAAGCACAUGAUCAAUCUGUUUGUUAGUCCGGUGUUUCCCCCGCAAUGCUCCAGAGGGGGCGCUGCGCCACCCUAACGCUGACACGGUGCCUUGGAUGAUGAUUUACUCUUGGUUAGCUACGCUCUCUGUGUCCAUCUCAGCAAUGUGAAGCUUUUGUUCCUUCAGUCUCACGCUGCCCUCCGAGGCAGCCUCCUUCACGCCCCCUGAUUGUCCACAACAGCAGAGAUUAUGGAAAGAUGGAAAGGUUUUUCUUUCUUCUCAGAACUCACCUGAAGUCAAGCGUAAACACUGGCACGUAGUUCGCUUUUUUUGUCUCCCUCUUGUGGAUUAUUGUCGAACUGGAUCUUCGUUUGAACUCAGUUCAGACUGGAAUUUUGAACUUCUUGUGAUUUUCUGAGUUUAUCUUUUUGCCAUGCACUGAAAAUGGUGGAAAAGGCAGAUGACCAAAAGGGCUGCACGCUGUUGGAAAAAUACGACGAAGAGGACGCGAAAGCCAAUGCCCAGCGGAGAAUGCUUUCCUUAGCCAAUGAACAGGAAGGGCGCCAGAGAGCGUUUGCUGAGGAAAUGAAAACUGUUCAGGACAAAGUCCUGGACAUGAGCAAAGUCAAACUGGAAAUGGAGAAUGAAUUGAAGAGACUGCAUGAUGAGCUGGAAUCCAAGAAAGCGGAGGCUGCCAAACUGAAGCAGAAAUUUGAGAUUGAUGCUACCAUUCCGCACAGAGAGGUCAAAUUUACCGGACCACAUUUGUACGAGGGAGUGGAUAACUACAGAUCCAUCAGAGGAGUAUUUGCCAUCAGCCAGACACCAACUCUACUGCUUACUGGAGGACAAGCAGUCAUCGCCUUCGAGGAUGAGACAGUGGCUUCUCAGAUCCUGAAGCUAGCCAAGUGCUCUGUGGCCUGUGAGCAGACCGUUUUGACUGUGAAGCCAAAGAGAAUAUGCUUGAACCCCACUGUUCUGUUUGAGAUCCACCUUGAGGUUCCUAAAAAUGAGCUGAAGGUCACCGACAUCCCUGCAGUCACGUCUGAAGAGAGGACCAAGACCAGUCUGGAGCUGAGCUUCUGCCGUGCGAGCACCGGAGGAGGAGAGGUUGAGAGAGUGGAGUAUGAUGCCACCGACGGGAGUGCUGUCAUCACCUUUCUGCACACUGGCGUGGCAGAAAAUCUUGUUCAGAGAGGGAAGUACAAUGUGAACCUCAACAAACAAGUUGCAGUGAAGGUUGAGCCCAUUUACAAAUACAAGCUGCUUCAGUUUCAGACCUUCUGCGGGACCUCAAAGCGAACAGUACUCAUAGAUGACAUAGAAGACGAUGAAGAUGUGGAGGACCUUUUGGACUACCUUGAGAUCCACUUUCAGAAGCCCAGCAACUAUGGUGGUGAAAUUGAAUGCAUCAAGUACAUCCCUGGCCAGAAGGCUCAACAGGCCUUCUUUCAACUGAACAGCACGGCCCCCCAAAAGUGAA